ACUCUUCAUACUCCUAAAUACAUGAUUGUGUUUAACCUGGCUUUGACAGAUUUGUGUGGGAGCACGGCUCUUAUCCCAAAACUGUUGGACACAUUUUUGUUUGACAGGAGAUACAUUGUUUAUGAGGCAUGCUUAAGUUAUAUGUUCUUUGUUUUAUUCUUUGCAAGUUUGCAGUCAUGGACGCUUGUCACGAUGGCAUUUGACAGAUUUAUGGCAAUUUGCUUUCCUCUAAGGUAUCAUAGUAUUGUGACUAAAUCAGCUAUUGCUGCAAUGCUGCUGUUUGCGUGGGCCUUUUUAUUUAGUUUUUUGUUAUUCAUUGUUAAGCUUAUUGAUCGUCUCUCCUUCUGUGGAUCUUUGAUCGUAAAGAGCUUUUUCUGUGAUCAUGGACCAGUAUAUCAUCUGGCCUGUAAUGACACAUCUUUAAACCUCAUACUCUCAGUUACCGCUAUCACUAUUAUCAUCUGUAUUCCUCUUGUUUUAAUAGCAUUGACAUAUGUUUGCAUUUCCAUAGCACUGAGCAGGAUUGCAUCAGGAGAGGAACGACUCAAAGCAUUUAAAACGUGCACUUCUCAUCUGAUUCUUGUGGCUCUUUUCUAUCUACCACUUGUGGGUACCAACGUAGCUUCACUGGCCUCCUCCAUCCAUCCCAAUGCGAGGAUCAUAAACUCCUCUUUGACACACACCAUACCAGGUUUGCUCAAUCCUAUAAUAUACUCUUUAAAGACAGAAGAAGUGCUGAACUCUAUUAAGAGGCUUAGCAAAAGAUAUAGGAUCAACUACAUAACCUCAUCAAAAAAG